AUGGCGAGCCCCGUGUCCACGGGGGGCGCCUGCCGCACCACCCCGCAAGCUGUGGGCGCGUCCGCCGAGCCGAUCCCGUGGAGGGAGCACAGCGCCGACGCGGAGCUGGGACACCUGGUGACCAGCGACGCGGAGGUGAGUUUGGGCACCCACCAGCUGCCGCUGAGAAAGUGGUUGGGGAUCACCGCCUAUCAGAUGGUCUACGUCUGCCUGAAGAACACCGGCAUGGGGGUGCUGGUGCUGCCGCUUGAGGCGGAGCGCUUCCACCAGGAGAACCCCAGCAUCUGGGUGGGCGUCUACAUGGGCGUGAGUGGGUCCACGCAGCUGAUCUGCCCAGUGAUCGGAAAGCUGUCGGACCAGCAUCGGUCCUCUUGGGGCAAGAGGCGGCCCUUCAUCUUGAGCGGCACCUUGUUGGCGGUGCUGGGCCUCGUGGCCAUGCGCCUCGCCUCGCUGCAGCUGCUGCCGUGGGUCUUCCUGGCCUCGCUGCUCUUCCAGCAGCUCGCGGUGAAUAGCGUCUACGCCGCCCAGUGCGGGUUGCCGGCGGACUUCUUGGGCAGCAUCGACACGCCCUCGGGGUCCGAGAAGGCGGUGGUGAGCGGCCUGGUGGCGAUGUACACCUUUCUGGGCUCGCUUCUGGCGAUGGCGAUCACGAUCAUCACCAGCUCAGCGCCUGUCCAGACCCAGUACUUGAUAUACACGGCCGCCAUGAUAGUAGCUUGCUGCGUGGUCUGCUCCUGUGCAACGGAAACCUCAUCUUUGCAAAGCGCUUCCACGCCUCUUACGUUUUCCGACCUCAGAAAAAGCUUCGUGAUCGACGUGAGAAAAGACUCUGAUUUCUUCUGGGUGUGCGCCGGGCGGCUGUGCUACUACAUGUCUACCUCCAUUGCGACCUUUAUGUAUUACUACUUCCGGGACAUGAUGCAUGUUGAGGACGAAGCUAGACGGAAGAAGGUCAUAGGAGUGCUCGCCAUCAUCAUGCAGUGUGUGGGCAUGCUUACGAGCGUGCCGCUGGGUAGGCUUUCCAACCGGCUAGGCCGAAAACCGAUGAUUUACAUCUCUUGCCUUUUCAUGGUCUGCACUUUCAUACUGUACGUGCUGGCGCCCCUUGUGCCGAGUUUGUCCUGGACGGCGGUGGUGGCGGCCGCAGUGCUCUACGGCGUGGGCAGUGGAGCGUACCUCAGCGUGGACUAUGCGCUGGCGCUGGACUGCCUGCCUGAGGGCAAGAGCUCGGCGGAGGCGCUGGGGCUGUGGGGCGUGGUGGGCUUCUUUGGCUCCACCCUGGGCCCCAUCCUCGGGGGCUACCUGCUCUCCCUGGCAGGAGAUGAGCAGGGAGUGUAUCCCUUCCUGGGCUAUGCCUUGGUGAUGCUGGUCCUGGGCUGCGGUAUGACCCUCAUGGUGAUGCUGCUGACGCGGAACAUCCGGAGCGUAAGGUGA